UCCUGCAGGAGAGCGACACACAGAAACAGAAGAAGUAGAAAGAAACGUAUUUAAUUAUUAUUAAAUACGUUUAAAAUCUCAAUGAAUCCCAAAAUCAUCUAAUGUAUUGAAUCUAUGUUCAUCCGACAAUAAAUAAAUAAAUCUUUAUUCACUUCGUGUCAUAUUUCAGCACUUUAUGCAAAUUUAAAUGAAUAAAAAUAAAUAAAGAAGAACUUUGCUCCUUCACAUUAAAUAACAAUACAUAUUAGACACAAUUAUAAUGAAACAUAAUUAUGCACAAGUUAUUUAUAUUACAAAUGAAAUAAUAAACAUGCAUUCGCUUCACUGUGAAACACAUGUUUUAUACUCAGUGUGUAUACUAGGUGGUAAAAUGUAAAUGAUGAGUUGAAGUGUGUCUGGUCUGUGUGUCGUAUCUCUGUCACAGCGGCUCCGCACCAACCCUGUAGUCCGCCUGUCUGCGGUUCAGAGCCCAGAGGAGGACUCGAACCUGUGACCAGGACCUUUAAUGGGAAGCAUGCCGCGGUGAUUCUUUGAUCCUCCGGUGGCUGCUGGGUAAUAAAGUGUCCGUGAAAACGUCUCUGGGAUCAUGUCGGCCGUCGGCUCGGACCAGAACCGGAACCGGACCGCAGCCGAUCCAGAGCUGCAGGAGGCCGGGGUCCUGCAGCCGCAGACCGUGUUCGUCAUCCUGGACUCGGCUGAAACUCUCAACCUGGUCCGGGUGGAGUCUGGAAUCGUCGCUGACAUUGAGGUCGACAGUUUGCUUCCCUCUGACUGUGACACGUUCUACCAGAUCAAGAGCCAGCCAAUCAGUUUCAGUUCGUCGGCAGCAGUUUCCUCCUCUUCAUCAUGUUCUUCCUCCCUGCCAUCCAGGGUUCUGAUGCGGCAGGAUCUGAUGCGGCAGCAGGCCCUGGAGGAGGAGCAGAAGGAGGUGCAGCAGCAGCUCCUCCUCCGCUCAGUAGACUCCUCCUCCCCCAUCUCCGUCUCUGUGUCUUCCUCCUGCAGACCUCCUGCUCAGGUCCCUGUGGAGGUGCUGAAGGUGCAGACUCACCUGGAGAACCCCACCAGGUAUCACAUCCAGCAGGCUCAGAGGCAGCAGGUCCGUCAGUAUCUCUCAGACACAAAGACAGCCAAUCAAGACUCAGCUGGACCGUCACCAAGCCACUCCCCCCACCUGGGCCCCGCCCCCAAACUACAGCUUGCAGACGUCUUCAGAAAAACAGAGAUGGAAGAGACCGUCAUCGAUGACAUCAUCAGCCUUGAGUCAAGCCUGAAUGACGAGUUUCUGACGCUGAUCGAAUCUGGAUUACAGCUCGCCAACACGGUAAGAAUGCACACGGAAACAUGCAGGAAACAUGGAGGAAACAUGGAGAAGAGAUGCAGGAAACAUACUGGAAACAUGGAGGAAACAUGCUGGAAACAUGCAGGAAACAUGCUGGAAACAUGCAGGAAACAUGCUGGAAACAUGGAGGAAACAUGGAGGAAACAUGCAGAAAACAUGGAGGAAACAUGGAGAAGAUAUGCAGGAAACAUACUGGAAACAUGGAGGAAACAUGGAGGAAACAUGCAGAAAACAUGGAGGAAACAUGGAGAAGAGAUGCAGGAAACAUGGAGGAAACAUGCAGGAAACAUGCUGGAAACAUGGAGGAAACAUGCAGGAAACAUGGAGGAAACAUGCUGGAAACAUGCAGGAAACAUGCUGGAAACAUGGAGAAGAGAUGCAGGAAACAUGCAGGAAACAUGGAGAAGAGAUGCAGGAAACAUGCAGGAAACAUGGAGAAGAGAUGCAGGAAACAUACUGGAAACAUGCAGGAAACAUGCUGGAAACAUGCAGGAAACAUGAUGUAAACAUGGAGAAGAGAUGCAGGAAACAUGGAGGAAACAUGCUGGAAACAUGGAGGAAACAUGCAGGAAACAUGCUGGAAACAUACAGGAAACAUAGAGAAGACAUACAGAAAACAUAGAGGAACAUACAGGAAACAUAUAGAAGACAUGCAGAAAACAUAGAGGAACAUACAGGAAACAUAUAGAAGACAUGCAGAAAACAUAGAGAAGACAUACAGGAAACAUAGAGAAGACAUACAGGAAACAUAGAGAAGACAUACAGGAAACAGAGAAGACAUACAGGAAACAUACAGGAAACGUAGAGAAGACAUACAGGAAACAUAGAGGAAACAUACAGGAAACAUAGAGAAGACAUGCAGGAAACAUACUGGAAACAUACAGGAAUCAUAUAGAAAACAUACAGGAAACAUAUAGAAAACAUACAGGAAGCAUACAGGAAGCAUAUAGAAAACAUACAGGAAACGUAUAGGAAACAUACAGGAAACGUAUAGAAAACAUACAGGAAACAUAGAAAACAUACAUGAAACAUAUAGGAAACAUACAGGAAACAUACAGGAAACAUAUAGG